AUGGUCGAUAGUGGUGUCCCCCAGGGUUCAGUGCUAGGACCCAUUUUGUUCCUUAUCUACGUGGACGAUGCCGCAAGAGAAUUAGACUGUGAAGUAGCAAUGUUUGCGGAUGACAUGAAGAUAUGGAGUGUAAUUCGGGGUCCUGCCGACGAAGACAGACUGCAGAUGAACCUGAAUCGGUUGGAGGAGUGGUCAAACCGUUGGCUCCUGCGGUUCAACAUUGACAAAUGUAGCAUACAUCGCCUAGGCAACACAGCCAAAUCUGCCAGCACAAGAGGCUACUUUCUGGGCGGUGCAGCCCUACAAGAGGUCGAAGCCCAAAAGGACCUCGGUGUGCUUACGAUGAGUUCCCUAAAACCAUCCGCCCACUGUUCGAGGGUGGCAAAAAGCGCAAUGUCCGUACUGUACGCCAUCAAGCGUGCGUUUAUGGACUUUGACGAAGAUGCUUUCUCUAAGACAUUCGGAACAUUCGUCCGGCCGCAUUUAGAGUACGGCAUACAAGCUUGGAGGCCGUGGGCUGUUGUGGAUCAAAACUGCCUCGAAAGAGUCCAGAGGAGAGCCACGAAGAUGGUUAGGGGUCAAAGCUCCUUUCCUUAUGCAACUCUUUCCUUUGGGUUACAGGCAACUUCGCGGAGAUCUCUUGCAGGCCUUCCGCAUUGUAAAGGGGUUGGAUUGCAGUCUGGCCUUCGAGGACUUUUUUGAAUUUGCUACCACGACCAACCUCCGAGGUCACCCGUUAAAACUGCGCACUCAGCAGGCACGGCGGGAUGUGCGGAAGUUCUCCUUCUCGGUUCGGGUUGUCAAACCAUGGAAUGAGCUUCCCGCAGAUGUUGUGAUGUCACCAUCUAUACAAAGUUUUAAGAAGAAUCUGGACACAUUUAUGUUCCGAAAUGACCAAGAGCGAUGA